ACUAUCAUUAUUAAUAUGUUUAAUGUUAUUAAUUUUCCAUGUGGCCCUUUACAAACCAACCUCCGCCGGCCUAAAAAUUAAAUAUUAAUAAGCUUUAUUUUGUUUUAUUGGUUUCACGCCAGACGUGAGAAUAGCCAGUAUUCGCUUGGCUUGUUUUACGUCGGAUGUGAAAAUAGACGCAUUUUUAAUCAUGAAUAUUUCCAUAAGCUUAGCGUCAAAGAAGACCCGGCAUGCCGUUCUAAAACCUUCGUCCAAUCCACCGAUUAUUUUCACUCCUGGUGAAAAAAUUAGAGAUCAAACAGGUUUCAUGAGAGGUCAUGGAACUUAUGUAUCGGCUGGGUCAUUGAAGGCAACUGUAGCAGGAGUAGAACAAAAUAUUAAUAAGCUAGUCACAGUUAGUCCAUUACGGUGUCGAUAUAAUGGAGAGAUUGGCGAUGUAGUGAUUGCUCGUGUAACAGAACUGGUGCAUAAACGCUGGAAAGUAGAUAUAAAUGCUAGACUGGAUGCUGUGCUACUGCUAACUUCUAUUCAACUACCAGGAGGAGAAUUAAGAAGAAGAGGUAUGGAAGAUGAACAAUCAAUGAGAAGUUACUUGAGCGAAGGUGACUUAAUUAGUGCUGAAGUUCAUUCUGUAUUUGCUGAUGGUUCUUUAUCAUUACACAUGCGAAGUUUAAAGUAUGGCAAGUUAGGACAAGGAGUAUUAGUAAAAGUACAAUCCAAUCUAAUAAAACGUAGUAAAAAUCAUUUUCAUAACUUGUCAGCUGGAGUUAGUGUUAUACUUGGUAACAAUGGUUACAUUUGGAUUGAACCAACAAACGACAAUAAAGAUCCUGUUGGAUUUGAAGUUGAUCUUCAACAAGUAGUUGAUAUUGGUGAUAGACAAACAAUAUCAAGAGUGCGUAAUGUAGUAUUAGCAUUAUCUUAUUAUAAAAUGCUUAUAUAUGAUACAAGUAUACAGUAUGCCUUAGAAGAAUCAAACAAGUAUACUGUAUCAGAUUUAUUAACCGCAGAAGCUUGUUAUGAUAUUGCAAAUCUUACACGCCAUCGUUUACAAGCUAUGGGUGAAUAAUAAAGGAAAAAACAUGAAGACUAUAAUGAUAUACCAGAAUUUUGAAGUAUUUAUUUUUAUACUUAAACUUUUUAUAUGACUAUAUUAAAUAGAAGUUUUAUUCUGUGAUAUGUUUUCUAAAAAAAAUUAAUCGUGAAUUAUGUUCAAUAAAAAUUAAAAAGGUUAAAAGGUUGACAA